CGGGGCCUGGGAGGCAUGGACGCCGAGUACCCUGCCUUCGAGCCCCAGCUCUGCAGCGAGCUCAAGCACCUGUGCCGGCGGUUGCAGGAGGUGUACCGCGAGCUCAAGGAGGACCUCACGCCCUUCAAGGAUGACCGCUACUACAGGCUGGCGCCCAUGCGGCUCUACACACUCUCCAAGCGCCACUUUGUCCUCGUGUUUGUCGUCUUCUUCAUCUGCUUUGGCCUGACUGUCUUCGUUGGGAUCAGAGGACCUAAAGUGAUCCAGACUUCUGCGGCAAAUUUUUCUCUAAAUAAUAGCAAAAAGCUAAAGCCAAUUCAAAUACUUUCAAAUCCACUGUCUACAUAUAAUCAGCAACUAUGGCUGACAUGUGUUGUUGAGUUGGAUCAAUCAAAAGAAACUUCUAUUAAGACAAGCUUUCCCAUGACUGUUAAAGUCGAUGGUGUAGCUCAAGAUGGAACCACUAUGUACAUUCAUAACAAAGUUCACAACCGGACAAGGACCCUCACAUGUACAGGGAAAUGUGCAGAAAUUAUUGUGGCUCACCUUGGCUACCUGAAUUAUACUCAGUAUACAGUGAGAGUGGGAUUUGAACACCUGAAGUUCUCCAUCAAGGGAAUGAACUUUACAUGGAAGACUUAUGACCCUGCCUUCUCCCGGUUGGAAAUCUGGUUCCGGUUUGUCUUUGUGGUGCUCACCUUCAUCGUCACUUGCCUGUUUGCGCAUUCCCUCCGGAAAUUUUCCAUGAGAGACUGGGGCAUCGAGCAGAAGUGGAUGUCUGUCCUCCUGCCUCUGCUGCUGCUUUACAAUGAUCCGUUCUUCCCCCUCUCCUUCCUGGUGAACAGCUGGCUCCCAGGGAUGCUGGAUGACCUCUUUCAGUCCAUGUUCCUGUGCGCCUUGCUGCUCUUCUGGCUUUGUGUGUACCACGGGAUUCGCGUCCAGGGAGAAAGAAAGUGUUUAACUUUCUAUUUGCCUAAAUUCUUCAUCGUUGGACUAUUAUGGUUGGCUUCUGUUACGCUAGGAAUAUGGCAAACAGUUAAUGAAUUACACGAUCCAAUGUACCAGUAUCGAGUUGACACCGGAAAUUUUCAGGGAAUGAAGGUCUUCUUCAUGGUGGUGGCGGCGGUGUACGUCCUGUACCUCUUGUUUUUGAUAGUGCGGGCGUGUUCCGAGCUACGGCACAUGCCUUAUGUGGAUCUCAGGUUAAAAUUUUUGACCGCAUUGACUUUUGUAGUACUUGUCAUUAGUAUCGCCAUCCUUUAUUUGCGAUUUGGAGCACAAGUGCUGCAAGACAAUUUUGUAGCAGAGCUGUCCACUCACUACCAGAAUUCAGCCGAGUUCUUAUCUUUCUAUGGCUUGCUGAACUUUUAUCUCUACACCUUGGCCUUUGUGUACUCUCCGUCGAAGAAUGCCCUCUAUGAGUCGCAGCUGAAAGACAACCCUGCCUUCUCCAUGCUCAAUGACUCCGAUGACGAUGUGAUUUAUGGGAGCGACUAUGAAGAAAUGCCCCUCCAGAACGGCCAGGCCAUCCGAGCCAAGUACAAGGAGGAGUCGGACAGUGACUGAGCCCCUGCCAGGCCAGUGAGGUGACAAGUCACACCUCUGUUAACGUCCGGUAACUGUGGGCAACCUGACCGAUGCCGUCCUGGCGAAUUGAGGUCCAGAAGAUGAUAGUUCCGAAACGCAAGCAGUACCCAAUUUUUUCCUUCAUCUAUGCACUGACUCAUAUUACCAUGCAGAGCUUCAGAUCAUCAUCCACGUUAAAUAGUGCUAGGAUCUUAGAGAUGUUCAUGAGAGACUAUUUGUUAUGACUCUGUAUCUUUCCUUUUAAUUUAAACUUUAGUGAUACUUUUAAUAUGGAGUCUAUUCACACUUGUUUAAAAAAACCUUGUAAAUAUGAAUAUUUAAGGAAAGUGUAACUGCAAGGGUAACUCAAGUUUACAUGAUUUUUAAAUUUGCAGUGAUGUGGUGACUUCUUUGUUUGAAAAAAAUUUUCUGUUACCAAAUUUUACAACUUCUAAUAAGACUACUGUAACUAUAAUUUUAUGUAAACUAAUGAAGACUUGUGCUGAUGAACAUAUUCUGUGAUACAGUUUACAACUUUUAAUCAUUGUAAAAUAAUCAUCCAUGAUUUGGAAUGCUGUUAUUUAUCAGUAAAUGUAAAAUAUUUGAGGCAUUUAGCCAUACACACACUAGAACUUUUUAAAACUUAUCUUUGUCCUAUACUGUAAUUAUAAACUGAUGACUAUUAUCUUUAUACAUUGAGUCUUCAUGGCAUCAUUGAAAUGAAAAAUAUGGGAUUAUUUAUUUACUUUGUGUAACUAAGUUGGAAAUAAGAAAAAAAAAGUACUUAAGGGGAAAAUGUUUAUCGUGUAUUUUCAAAUUGUUUUCCCUGGUAUAUCACAAAUGUUAACAUACUACGUGCCCCAUGUACAAUUUUGCUUAAACUCUAUAGCAGUUGGCAUAUAGAAUAUGUGCCGUAAGUAUCGGGUUAAAACACUAAAGUCUGCCAGAAACUUUUGACAGUAGCAAGAAAAUUGUCUUUCUGCAAGGAGAGUUUUGCAAACUGAAAGGGCUUACUUUCGUUUUUUCAUGGUAAUGGCGUUAGUAACAUCAUCUCUGGGAUUUUUUAAUACUGGUCCAGUCUAGGGGAACUGGAAGAUGACCAGAGGUAUUUCAGUUUCCCUAGGGAGAGCUUCGUUAUCCAUGUGGAUAGUAAGUCUGCUUGAUUUAUUAUUAAAUCAUUACAGCAGUGAUGUGGUGCCAUUUUUCUCUCUCUCAAGCCCCAUUUGAAAGGCUAGAGCAGAGAUGUAUACGAUAUUCAAGGUAAGGCUGUUACUGUACAUAACUGCAGAUUGCAAUCAAAGUCUAGAUACAUUAUGUAAACCCGGCCCACUAAUUGGGGAGGCUACAAGACAAACGUCACCAGCGUCAAGUAUUUUAUGAACUGUUUACUGAGGGUAGUUGUGUUAAAUAGUAUGUUAUAAUGUGGUAAAUUAGUUCCUGAAUCCUCUAUCAUAGGAAAAACACAUCCUCACAAAAGGGAUGUCUCUCUGAACACUUAGUGAAGAUGAGACUUGAAACAUGAAGUAUUUGUGUAUUGUGAGCAUUUUAGAAACCAGUUGCCUUAGAGGUUGGACUUUUGGGGGGAAAAAAAGAAGAUACAAAUCUUUCCCCCUGGCCGAAGGGAAGUUGUGUGUCUGUGACAUCUUGUGAUGCUGUUUAUCUUGGUUUGACAUUGGAGAUACGCUGGUAACCAUACUAUGAAACAGAAGAAUUUUCUGCUACUGAAAACUGCCUUUUUACAAAAUGACUGUAAAUAUUUGUAAAAAUUACACUAAACCUUAAGCCCAAAGGGAGAGGUAGAGCCGUGUGUGCGGGUGUGAAGGAGAGGUAGGGCCGUGUGUGCGGGUGUGGAAGGAGAGGUAGGGCCGUGUGUGCAGGUGUGAAGGAGAGGUAGGGCCGUGUGCGCGGGUGUGGGCUGUCUGUGGAGCACAGUGCCACCCCAUCACAGUUGUUGCUGUCAUCAGGCAAAAAUGAAUGUUUGUUUAUGGUAAGUUGUCAUGUUUUGCGAAUGGUUUAAUUCCGACGCUACCCUUCUGCUAAAUGUUAAUAAAUUUUUAGUAUUCAC